AGUGACGUUUGCUUGAUUGGCCAAAUUGACUGACAGGCCAAUCAAGAGUUUAAAUGAGCCGGGCUCGCGAUCUCACAAUGAGAUUAUUUAUGCUAAUCAAGUAGAUGUCACUUCCGCCCCUUUUAUUUGCGCCAUUUUGGAUAGGGCAGUUUCUAGGCUGGAUGUGUAUUGUCUGUCAGAGAAAAGAAUGGGCAAAACGUAAUCGGCUGCCAGGCAAUUAUAGGCAGACUUUAGGCAAUCUGUUUGAAAGAGGGGUCCGCCGUUAGUUGUUCCCAACAAUAGGACAUGUGUUCGCCCUCACCACACCAGGGAAUGGAGGUUUUAAUUGUCUAAUGAGACUCUGAGGCUUUCUGUUCCCGUUUGCCGACCAGAAGGAGGAGGAUAGCCCUUUUCGGCGAGAGAGAGUCGGGUUUGUAGGGCUGACCGACGGCCGGGUGGCUGGUUCUCCCCCACGAAGGAUAUUACCGAGAUAUCUGGGAAAAGUGAAAGUGCCCAUACAUCGCCUCAGUCAUUCUGAGGUGACACAUUUCACUCAGACGGGAGCACUGGAUGUGAAAGCAGGUGGGCAGAAUGUUCCAGCUCCCUGUCAAUAACCUGGGCAGUCUGCGGAAAGCGAGGAAAAAUGUCAAGAGGGUCCUGGGUGACAUUGGCUUGGAGUUCUGCAGAGAUCACCUAGAGGACUACAAAGAAUAUACUCCUCCAGAGGUGUAUGUAAAGCACACUAACUGGGAAGAUGUGUGCAUGUGGGAACCAUCACAUACCAAAGUCCAGGACUACAGAUCCAAGCCCUUCUGCUGCUCUGGCUGCCUCUUCUCAUCCAAGUACUUCUCUGCAUACAAGAGCCAUUUCCGCAAUGUCCACAGCGAGGACUUUGAGAACAACAUUCUGCUCAACUGCCCCUACUGCACUUACAACGGUAACAAAAAGACUCUGGAAACGCACAUCAAACUUUUCCACAUGCCCAACAGCACGGUGCGGCAGGGCCCCGCUGGGAUGGUGGCGGGAGCCGGCGGGAUCGUGAUGAAGGACGGGGUGCUGAAAAGGGCCGGUGACAGCGUGGAGCAGGCGGUGUACUACUGCAAGAAGUGCACCUACAGGGACCCUUUGUACAAUGUAGUGCGCAAGCACAUCUACCGGGAACACUUCCAGCAAGUGGCCCAGCCCUAUAUUGUGAAACCAGGGGAGAAGACGAGUGCUCAGAAUGGUGGCACGGGGAAUACAGAGAGUAAUAACACAAACAAUGUUGCCAGUAACCAGAUUCACUGCAAGAAGUGUCUGUUUGUUCCGAGGACCUACGAGGCACUUGUCCAACAUGUCAUAGAGGACCACGAGAGGAUUGGCUACCAGGUGACGGCCAUGAUUGGGCACACCAGUGUCAUAGUCCCCCGUCCCAAACCCAUCGUCAUGGUCCCCCCCAAAACCCAGGGAGACAAGACCAUCAUUGGGAUGGGCCCGAAAGGUGCAGUAAUGGCCACUACCAGGUCUCCUGGCUCACAGCAGCUGGGUCGAGUUAUCAUCUCAUCAAAGACGGGCUUCAGCGCUCAAAAUCUUCUCUCCGGGAUGAAGCACGACGGAGUGAGGUUAAAGUCAGGGACUCAGUCGUUCUCUAUUGGCAGCCAGCAGGUGAGGGUUUCUCUACCCGGGAACGCCCAGGUUUCUGUUCCCCAGCAGUCGAUGCAGCAAAGCAGCUUAUUUCCGGCCAGCCUGCGGGGCCCAGUUGUGGUCAGCGCCUCUUCUUCGCUCAAAUCCAACCCCCUGGGUUCACGCGUCCAGGCAGCAGCGACCACCGUAGCCUCCGUCACCGCCAAGAAAGGCGGCUCCUCGGUCCUCGGCACAUCCUACACCCAGAAGUGGAAAAUCUGCACCAUCUGCAACGAGCUCUUCCCAGAGAACGUGUACAGCGCUCAUUUUGAGAAGGAGCACAAAGCCGAGAAAGUGCCUGCCGUAGCCAACUACAUCAUGAAGAUCCACAACUUCACCAGCAAGUGUCUCUACUGCAACCGCUAUCUCCCCAGUGACACCCUGUUAAACCACAUGCUGAUCCACGGUCUGUCUUGCCCGCACUGCCGCGCAACCUUCAAUGACGUCGAGAAGAUGGUGGCCCACAUGCGGCUGUCGCACCCCGACGAGAGCGUUGGCCCGCGCACAGAUUCCCCCCUGACCUUUGACCUCACUCUGCAGCAGGGCAAUCCCAAGAACGUUCAGUUGAUUGUCACUACUUACAACAUGAAAGACGCCCCCGAGGAGUCGGUGGCGUUUCACGCACAAAACAACAACACCUCUGUGUCGCCAGCCCUGUCUGCCUCCCUAAUGUCGGGCAAGAAGUUGAUGCCUCAGCACCCGCCCAAAACGCCUUCAGUGGCGGCUGACAGCGCACCAACCAAGAGUGCUCCACAGGCAUCCGUGCCCUACAAGAGGGACGUGGGCAAGACGCUGUGUCCUCUGUGCUUUUCUAUCCUCAAGGGCCCAAUCUCAGACUCACUGGCCCACCACCUGAGAGAGAGACAUCAGGUGAUUCAGACAGUGCACCCUGUAGAAAAGAAACUGACCUACAAGUGUAUUCACUGCUUGGGGGUUUAUACCAGUAACAUGACCGCCUCCACCAUCACGCUACACUUGGUGCACUGUCGAGGUGUCGGGAAAUCUCAGAAUGGGCCGGAAAGCCGGGCAACCCAUUCCUCUCGGGUCGGCCAGGCCCAGAGCAGCACUCUGAAACGGGCCAGCUUUGAUAGCUCGGACACUAGCGCACCAAAGCGCCGGAGGCCCCCCGGGGAAAGGGCCUACCCGCGGGACGUCAACGGCCCGUCUACGUUUGUGGAAAAUCCGGACGAACCUGUGGUUCUGGCUCUCGACCCCAAAGGACACGAAAACAACUCGUACGAAUCCAGGAAGGCGUUUCUAACCCAGUAUUUCAACCAGGCGCCGUAUCCCACGCAGCGGGAGGUGGAGAAGCUGGCCGCCAGCCUGUGGCUGUGGAAGUCGGACAUCUCCAGCCACUUUGUCAACAAGAGGAGGAAAUGCGUACAGGAGUGCGAAACCCAGAGCGCCAGCGUGCUGCUGGGGUUCAGCAUGCACGAGCUCAGCAAAGUGAGCCACGAGCUGGCGUUCGUCGCGGACGGCGUGUACGAGGGCGGCCGUAACAAGAGGCGAACGUCGAGGACGCACAUAGGGGUGUCGGAGCAGGCUCUCCGGAAACACCGGGAGCUCGUGGCUGCUAACGGUGGCGUGGCCCCGCCGCGGAAGGGAAGGCCAACCAGGACGGCGGAGGGUACUAAAACAACGCCAUCCGGCCCCAAACCCAACAGUGCCAGCAGAGACCAAACCGAGACAAUCAACAGCACCUUACCACAGAAAAUACCUCUGGACCUCUCGGAGCCUAUUGCCAUCGACUCGGACAGUGAUGAGGAAGAGCAGCAGAAGGACGAGGAGGGAGAGGUACAUCUCCAUGGUAACAAACCGCUUAUUGGAGCUCAGGAGCGAGCGGAGCCGAGGACGGGAGCUAAGACCGUUUCGGAUCUUGAUGAUGUGUCCGAUGAUGAUGAAGAAGAUGAGGAUGAGGACGAUGAGGACGAAGAGGCGCAUGUAGAGAAUGGUUUCGGGCCCACAGAGGGCUCAGGAAGACAGGCUGCUAAAGGUAGAGACCCUCUGCCCAUCAUUAUUCCCAAGUUUGUACCAUCAUCUGCGAGAAGCAGGAGAGACGGGGCCCAGCUGGGCAAACAGCAGGUCUGACUGAUGAAAUCAAAAAGACUGGCGCAGCCGGAGAGGGACGCUUAAGAUUCGAUCGACGCCAACAAAUCUGCCUCGCAUGAACUGAAGGACGUCGCCCAGUUCCACUGGGUAUCCGUGAAGGAGGGGAGCGAUGAGGAGAGCAACAAGCCAUCCAAUGACUUUUUCAAGGCAGGACUCAACGAGCAGCUAGGAUUGAUGUAAACAUUUGUGAACAAAGUUUUAAUGUUUCUUUCCUGAGUGGGAAGGUGGAGGUGCAAAGACAACCGAAGUCACACCAAACAAAUAGAAAGUGUUUUGCCUUCUAUAUACUUUAUUACAUUGAGAUAAGAAGUUGUUAGCAUUGAUUUUUAGCCACUGAACUUGUAAGCGUGGCUUUAAAAUAUUGAGUUGUUGUGAGGUAAAGCUUUAAAGCUGACCAGAUAAUCCAUCAUUUUUCAUGUAGUUCUACUGAGAUGGGUAGUGUAAAUUUGUACAGUCUUUUAGACAUGUUUGGACAGAUGUUGCCGUACAUGUACCCUUAAAUAUUUGCUAUUACCUGUGUGUAAGGUAGCCUCAUAUGUUCUACAUUGGUAUGCUUAACGAUAGUUGUCGCUUUGGUGGCUGGUAUUUUCUCGUAUGUUUAAGUUUAUUUUUUAACAAAAACCUAGUUUUUUUUGCAAAAUAAUAUAUCUAUAUAUAAACGAAAUAACAGAAUUGAUUUGUUUUUGCUUUAAAGUUAAUUAGAUUUUAUUUUUUUAAUUUCCUUUUUUCAUGAUUCAUUUUCUGAAAGAUUAGUGGUUCCCAGCUAUUCUCAUUUCCCUUAACAGUUUAAAGGAGCAUUUCAUUAACUUUUUGCAGCCUUAUGCUCAUUAGCCUUGACUGUACUGUACUUGCUUUCUAUUUUCAUAAUUUUACCUUGAGGUUUCUUUGCCCUACAAGACUGGACGGUAACCACCAUACUGGCAUCCAUAAAAGUGAAAGCACUUUUUUUUUUCUUUUUUUCAAAAAAUAGUUGUUUUCAAUUUGUGUUCUUUGAAUUGUGUGUAUUUGUUUCAUGUUUUCAUUUUUCACUUGAAGCAUUUAUGAACAAUAAAGUGCUGUGUUUGUGCUUCUCACAGAACUAAUGGC